UCCCGGAGAGAGGAAGAACUGCUUCAACAUUCUUAAAACAAUAGUACUUUGUACUUACUUUAUUAUGUACUUUUCUUGCUUCUUGUAAUAUUUAGAAUUUGAUUUUUUACAGAAUAUACCUCGAGCCCAGGCAACCAGUACGACAGGUUACGAAACUGCAGUUUUAAAAAAGUGAAUAGAUAAAAUAUAAUACAUUUUAACAGCUAGCCGACGAAGGCAUGUCUGUAUGUGUGUAAACGAGGACUUGACAAGACGUGCUACGAUUACGCUUUUAAGAAGCUUGAAAGGCAACAGGAGGCAUAAGGGCACACUGCACGCAUACAUCAUAGAAAACAAGACGAUUGCGUUGGGUCACACUGACUGGAAAGCUCACCUUUUGUUGACUUCGUGGCUGGCCCUUCGAGGCUUUUGAAGACAUUCACAUCAGUCAGAGAAGAUUACAUUCUACAGUCCUGCAUAUUUAUAAUCGCUCAAACAGUGAGAGUUCCUCAGAUUAAAAAAAAAAAAAGACAACCCUCCUGAUCUUUGGAGAAGAAAAAAAUUCCCGGUUUAUUAGCGUUUGAAUAUUUUGGAUAAAGAAGGGAAGGUAGAGACAGAUCUGUGCAUAUCAAGGAAAUAGUUAAUGUGUCGGUUUCUGUGUUACAACUACUCCUGAAUUAUACAUUGGGAAUUGUGCUUUGGAGAUUCGGAAGGAAAAUAUCGGAUUAGUUCUCUCCAGGAGGUGAAGAUCGAGUGCUGUUUCGAGAGGAACCAUUCUAAAGAAUACUGCGAAGAUAGAGGGGAAAAGUUUUCUAAGAAACACAUAUCACUCAAGAGAUUAACUACCACCACAUUGUCUUUCCCCUCAAACGCGUGUCUUGUAAACCAGACCUGACCGGCGCUCGAAAAUGGGAGAUCUCAAAGGUCACGCUCUUCCUGGAAGUCUGUUCCUGUUUUACGGUUUAUGGUGGGCACUGUGCUGUAUGAGGCGGUACCUGAACUGUAGAAAGGCCGGGCGCCGUUAUAUCGCCACCGCUACCUAUGGCUGUCCUUGUGCCUGCGGCCGGCUGGGCUCGCUUCCCAUCGAGGCCAUUCUCAAGAUAUUCCUGUCGGCCGUGGGCAUGUUCUGUGAGAUAACCUUUAACCUUCCACAUCCUUCACAUGGCAUCGUCCAGCACGCCACAAUGUACUUCUUCUUCCUCCUGUCCGGUAUCGUGGAUGUUGUGAUGCACGCCGGCGUCCCGCUCCCCCCAGGCUCCGACUACAUGGGCAUCGUGCUGGCCUUCACCGUGGAGGGUCUGCUGUUCGCCAACCACCUGCACGACCGCCCUGUCCUGGACGUGCACAUACACGUGCUCCUGGUCUACGUCGUCUUUCUCACGGUGGUGGUCAUCAUGCUGGAAGCCAA